AUGAAGGAGCUGAGAGGAUUUGUGAUUUGGGGCUGCCAAGAGAUUACAUCUUUGCCAAAGAACCUCUUCAAGCAGAACACAAAGUUGGAGGUGGUAUACCUCUUCAACAAUGGCAUUACCAGCUUUGAUGAGAACCUCUUUGCAACUACGGACGGAGGCCUCAAGAUUCUUGCGGUUGAUUACAACAAUCACAGCCUUGACUGUGCAUAUGCCAUGCGCUGGGGCAGCCUUUAUCCAGGAGUUGAUGACGCUGUCCUGGCCAAUGAGCAAGAGUCCGCUUGCUAUGAUCGAUGCGGCGAUGUUUGCCCCAUGGUUUUGAAAGCCAAGACGCUGAAUCCGGGAGUCUAUGUGACCUUCGGAAACUGGCGCUACCAAACCCUAGAGCCGGACGGUGGAUAUUCAGGAGGCAGUUUGCUGGAGAUGGAUUCCGAAACCGAUGCUGAGAAGAAUAUCGCAGCUGAACGCUAUGCUCUCCAGGUAAUUGGAGAAGCGGGAUGCCCCUUUGCAAACACUGCCCCAAGACUCCACAGCCUUCCUGGCCUGGCGGAUGCGCUCAGCAGCAAAGCGCAAGAAGUUUAG